GAAGGCACCUUUGGGCAGGUCAUGGAAUGCAUUGAUCACCAAGAGGACGGCAGGCAUGUGGCAGUGAAGUUUGUCAGAAAGGUCGACCCAGGCAGGGCAUACUAUGCAGAAGUCUCAAUGCUGUACUAUUUAAACUCACUGGACCCCAGCGGCACACAUCACUGCGUCCGAAUGCUGGACUGGUUCCAGCACCAGGGCCAUGUGUGUAUUGUUUUUGAGCUGCUGGGGCCCAGCACCUACAGCUUCAUUGCAGCAAAUGCCUUCCUGCCCUUCAGGAUGGACCACAUCAGACAGAUGGGCUACCAGGUCUGCGAGGCUGUCAGCUUUUUGCACAUCAACGGGCUGACACACACAGAUUUAAAACCGCAGAAUAUUUUACUUGUGAACUCUGAGUACACAGAGGAGUACAACACCAGCCUGAAACAAGUGGAGCGCAGACCCAAAGACCCAUCCAUCAAAGUGGCCGACUUUGGGAGUGUGAUAAGGGAUGACGAGCCUCACUGCCCUCUCAUCACUACAAGGCCCUACCGAGCUCCAGAAGUCAUCCUAGCCCUGGGAUGGUCACAGCCAUGCGAUGUCUGGAGUAUAGGCUGUAUCCUCCUUGAAUACUACCUCGGAUUCCCAGUGUUUGCGAUUACCCUCCAUGCCCAUGAAGAUCUAGAACACCUGGCAAGGAUGGAGAGAAUCCUGGGGCCUUUGCCAAGAGACAUGAUCGAGAAAACCAGGAGAGGCAAAUACUUCUCUAAUGGCCGGCUGGUGUGGGACCAACACAGCCUCGUUGGCAGAUACGUCUCACAGCACUGUAAGCCACUGAAGGCGUUCACGACCUGCAGCACUGAGGAACACUGCCACCUGUUUGACUUGAUAGAGAAGAUGCUGCAGUACGACCCAGCCGAGCGAAUUACCUUGCAGGAAGCCCUCAGACAUCCUUUUUUCUUCCCACUCCAACGGGAAAAAAGGGCAUCGCCUCUAAGAGCAGAGGGGGCUGAAAUGGGUCUGUACUGA